AUGGCUCUGCAUCCCGUACAUGCGCGUUCGCGGGGUCGAGGGAGCGCCGACGUGCAGUUACUCGCAUACGCGAGUUGCGUCGGAAACGGGUUGGGCGCCGGGGAGAGCGGAGCUGAGGACACCUCCCUCGCUUUCACCCUGGGGGUUGUUUACACUAUUCUGUACAGGUGCAGCAGGGAGAUAACAUUGAGUGACCACCGACAAAAUCAGACCGUUUCGUCAAAAACCUCGUACCGGUAUACAUUCGGGACGAUACAAAACCGCGUGAGCCAGUGGACAGCGGCAUUUAAUCCCUCUAAUCGUAUCCCUUUGUCCAAAUUUCCGGAUGCCGUCUUGCGUAAGGCAGCCAUGUAUCACGCCGGGAAAAUGGUGAUUGACAAUGGGAUACCGAGAGCCAUGACGGUUUCGAAAGUUUGCCACUUUGAGCUCGGCCAUGUAGACCGGAUCAACCUCAGAAUCCAGAAUUAUACGGCACGGCAAUUUCAUCGGUGUCCUCCUUUUUCAACAACGAUGGAUGUCCCACCGAGAUGCAGACUACCAGUAGCGGCUAGUGCUUCUUUGACUCAAGACGACAGGCUGCCCAUCCUCCAUAACAGAAGCCCACGGCAUCUACUCUUGCGUGUUUCCGCGCCGUCGUAG